AAAAAACCAGAGCACAACAGCACGACGCGCUGCGUGUACAGAAACGCAAUGAAAGUCCACGGCGAUGGACUUUUCCGUCUCCUCCGUGGAGCGCGUACGGUCCCCCACAGCCGCCGCCGCUCCUUCGCCGCGGUGACAACGGCAACAUAAUGGCAUGCAGGAGCGGCUGCUGCUGCGGCUCCUCCAGCCCCAUCAACGAGGACAACGCGCGGUUCUUGCUGCUGGCGCUCUUCAUCGUCCUCUACCUGCUGUGCGGCGCCGCCGUCUUCUCGGCGCUGGAGCAGCCCAAGGAGCGGGAGGCGAAGGCGCGCUGGGCGCAGAGGUUCGAGCACUUCUCCCAGAAGCACAACCUGAGCAGGAGGGACCUGCGCGACUUCCUGAGGAGCUACGAGGAGGCGAACGUGGCGGGCAUCCGCGUGGACACGGUCAGACCCCGGUGGGACUUCACGGGAGCGUUUUACUUCGUGGGGACCGUGGUGUCGACAAUUGGGUUUGGGAUGACCACUCCCGCCACCAUUGGAGGAAAAAUCUUCCUGAUGUUUUACGGACUGCUGGGCUGCGCCGCCACCAUCCUCUUCUUCAACCUCUUUCUGGAGCGCGUCAUCACGGUCAUCGCCUUUGUCCUCAAGUCCUUCCAUGAACGGCGCCGCAACAAGGCCGUGCUGCCGCAGAAUGGACGCCGGGCGUCUGACGGCGAGAAGGCGGGCGAAGCCGAGGCGGGCGGAGUAGGAAAGCGUGAGGCGCUCGCCGGCUGGAAACCCUCGGUUUACUGCGUCAUGUUCAUCCUCGGAGCGGCGGCAAUCUUGGUGUCCUGUUGCGCCUCGCUGAUGUACUCGGCGGCUGAAGGCUGGGGCUACUUGGACUCGCUUUACUUCUGCUUUGUGGCCUUCAGCACCAUUGGGUUCGGGGAUAUGGUCAGCAGUCAGAGGAUCUCCUACGAGGGUCACGCCACGGCUGCGUACCGGGUCGGAAACUUUUUCUUCAUCCUCACUGGCGUCUGCUGCAUCUACUCCCUUUUCAAUGUCAUCUCCAUCGUCAUCAAGCAGGUCCUCAAUUGGCUGCUCAGGAGGUUGGAAGCCUCUUGCCACUGCUGCUUCUAUAGGAAGGGUCCUCACCCACACCGGCACCCUCGCCGGAACGUGGUGGCCCCGGGACAUCUCCGUGCCCGCAGGGACCCCUCCAUUGAGACGGACGCCAUCAACGAGAGCGAGACCGACCCGGGCCGCAGGAUGUCUGGAGAGAUGAUCUCCAUGAGGGACUUCUUGACUGCCAACAAGGUGAACUUGGCCAUCAUGCAGAAGCAGCUGUCGGAGAUGGCGGUCGGACACCCGCGGCAGUCCGGCGGCUCCUGCUCGCAUCAGAACGGCUUCUCGGGAGGGGUGGGCGCCCUGGGCAUCAUGAAUAACCGGCUGGCAGAGACCAGCAUGGACAGAUAAGGAGUUGUUUAAAAAAAAAAAAAAAAAAAAAAAA